CUUUCAAAAACAAUAAUAAAAAAAGGAUGGUGCAGAAAAAACCUUUUUUGCUUAAAUUUCGAUCUUGCAAUCUUUACGUUUUACUGACAGUAUGCACAUCACUAUUCACCGAUAUGCUUGUAUAUAGCAUUAUUGUCCCAAUCAUGCCUUUUGCAAUUGAUGCGAUUCAUAAUGGUCGAUCACCCGAUACUGUUGCGGACCCUUAUCAUAAUGAGAUUUCAAAUAGUGAAGCCGUUUCACAAGAUACGGGUGUGUUGCUUGCACUUUUUGCUGCUGGUCUACUGGUAGGAUCGCCAUUGCUUGGAUAUGCCGCCGAUAGAAUGAAUAACAGACAAUUACCGAUGGUAGCAGGCAUUGCUGGUUUAUUGGGUGCUACUUUAUUAUUUUUAUUUGCAACAAAAUAUUGGGAACUGCUGUUGGCGCGGUUUUUACAGGGAUUCUCAGAUGCUUGUGUUUGGACGCUUGGGAUGUGUUUAGUAGCAGAUUCUUUUCCGAUAGAAGAAUUAGGAACACAGAUGGGAAGAGUCUUAGUUUUUCAUUCAGUCGGACUUGUGAUCGGAAGUCCAGUUGGUGGUGCUCUAUACCAGCAUGCUGGCUAUAAGGCACCAUUUAUAUUGUGCAUCGUCUUAGCAGGCAUCGAUUUGAUACUUAGAAUAUUUUUGGUAGAGCGUAGAAACAAACCCGCAGAAUGGUUUUUAGAUGAUGCAACCCCUACCGCAGCCCCUUCUACGCUUGUUGACGACGCCUUUGUCGAGGAAAAGCCAAAACAUGAAGUGACGUACCUACAAUUAUUACGCCAACCUCGAUUGAUUUCAGGCAUGCUUUUAUCUUUCUCGAAUGGAUGUGUUUACAAUGUUUUUGAACCCACGCUGACUGUCAGGUUAUCAACAGAGUGGGGUUACAAUGCUAGUCAAAUCGGUCUUGUUUUUCUGGCUCAAGUGAUCCCCACCUUUGUGGCCACACCUGUCUCGGGUAUUCUUUCAGACAAGUUUGGGCCCAAGGUUGUUUGUUUUACCAAUCUGUUAGGAUGUGCCAUCACCAUGUUUUUGAUUGGUAUUCCAGGCCGUGAUACAGCGGGAGGAAUUGUUCCUUUGAUUGUCAUUUUUGCUAUCCAAGGCUUCACCGCUUUUUCGUUUGUCGUACCCGUUCUCUCCGAGAUGGCAUAUGUGGUACAAGAGCAAAAUCCGGAUGGUGGUGACUCCGGUCAAGGUAUGAGCUACUCGUUAUUUAACAUCGCAUUUGCACUUGGAGGUCUUGUAGGUCCGCUUGCCGGCGGUUAUCUGUUUUCCGCUGUUGGGUUUUUCAAAAUGUGUGUUAUUGUUGGUUGCUUUUUGCUCGCAUGUUGUCCAUAUGUUUAUAUCUACACAGGGCCCAAAGGAAGGUUUAUUGUUAGACCCGGAGAUAGAGAGAAAUCGACAAAGAUCGACGAAGAAAUUAUUGUCAACAAAGACGCGGAUGAAAUUGUUGAUGGACGUACUGCUGAAAAAGGGACUUCUGCCGCAUAAAAAAAAAAAAAAAAAAAAAAAAAACUUAAUAGGGAAGAGCUCUUUUUUUUUUUGUGCGCUCUUCCUCAAAAAUAUACCAUAAUAAUUUAUUAAUCAUUGCACUUUUUGUUUUAAUAACAAUCUGUGCAGACAGAAAGAUGCGCAUCUAACCCCCCCCCCCCCCUUCCCCCUCCAAAAGAUUAUUUGAAUAAAAAUAUCUACAUGUAUUACGCA